UGUGUCGUGAUAUGUAUUUCUGAUAGAACUUAAAACUGACUCAAUCCAAAAUGGCGGAGCCAGAGGAAGUCAUGACUACAGCCGAGGUGAAAGUGGCCAACAAAGGGAGUGUACUCUCGCAUUGCUUGAAAGCCCUUAAGGCUUUGAACAGUCGCUCUGGGUCAUCGGUGCCUGCGAUUGCAAACUUCAUCAAGUCCUCCGGCUACGAGGUGACCGACAUGACCCGCAUGAAAAAGCUUGUGCUACGCGCACUCAAAGUGGCGAUGGGCACGGGUGACGUUGUACAAGUGAAGCGCUCCUUUAAAAUGUCAGCGACGGCAAAGGCGGAAUCCAAAGCCAUGGAAAAGAUGAAGGCCAAUCAGCAAAAGAAAUUGGACAAAGCAAAGGCUAAGGAGCAAAAAGCUAAGACCAGAACAAAGCCAGCGACUAAGAAGGACAGCGAAAAGACGCCAGAUUCGGCAGGUGCAGAGACUGCAAAGCCAAAGCAGCGUAAAAAGAAGCCAUCGGAGCGCCACACAAAUGAGCCCGCAAAGAAAAAGUCGACCGCAAAGAUAGCUGCAGUUGGUGGGAAGAUGAAGCCUGAAUUGGUUGCGGGUGAGUCAGACCAGACCACCCCUAAGAAGCCCAAAAAAGCCCAGCCAAAAGUUAAGUCUGCAAGUGCCAAGACAAAGGCUUUGGACAACGAGAUUAGUGCAGCGUCCAAAUUGAAGACGCCACGAAAGUCAAUUGGAAGCCUGACAAAGAAGGUAAACAGGCCAAAGAUACAGAACAAAUCCAUUAAAAAGUUGGUGGCCGGCAGAAAAAGCUUUGACGAUCCGGAAUCUGAUCUGACUGAUUCAGGACCAGCUGAGGCCUCAACCCCAUUAAGCCCAACUAAGCAGAAACGUAUGGCCAAACAGAUUAAGUAGCUAAACGAAUUCUAUAUAAUCUGUUAAGUUUAAAGUUAAAUUUUGUUUUGUA